AUGACCGCGGCGGCGGCGCCGGGGGGGUCCACUGGAGGCGACGAUGCCUCCCUGGCCAAGGAGGAGGGCCCCCCGCGCAAGCGCGGUCGCAUUGCGCAGAGCGCUGAGGACGAUGCCGGGGGCAGCGGGGCGCGGGCACCGCUGGAGUUCGCCCUCGAGCCGGAUGAGUACGCGAUCGCCCUCGACAUGACUGGCAAAGCAGGUCUGGGCUUGGACGUGGAUUGGGCCGACGGGAAGACCCUGCUCAUCAAGGCGCUGAAGAAAGAGGACCCCCUUUUUUGCGUGGGCAACUUUAGCGGCUUGGAGGGGGAGCAGGAGGGAGAGACGGGACGGGAGGGUAACCGAGCAGGGUGGGGGUGGCUCAGCCGGGACAGCGGGAGCAGCCCACCAGGACGCCACGAGAGCCGCCGCCGAAGGGAGACGCGUGGGCUGGGAGGCUCCUGGAGUACGACGUCGAGCUGGACCUGGACAAGAAGCCCGGGCUCGGCCUUGAUGUGGACUGGGCCGACGGCAAGACGUUAUUCAUCAAGGCGGUGA